AUGCAACUCGCUAAAGGACUCGUCGUCGCCGCCAUUGCCGUUAUGAUGUGCUUUGUCCCUACCACCGCCACUGCCGACGUUGCCAAGGAAAACACGCCCAACGCGAUCGGUGCCGACUAUGCCCUCUUUUGGUUCCUUACGAGAGAAAACUGGGUCCGCCGAUGGUGCAUCCGCGUGGUCUCGCACAGAUAUUUCGACGGCUUUAUUAUAUUCUGCAUCGUGCUUAACACCGUCGUAUUAGCCAUAGUGGACUUCUCCGUCGUCGACGAGGGCCUGAACCCGACGAGUCACGGCAAGAAGUUCCAGAACGGCGCGCUCGUCGACGCGUACUCGAUGGCCAACCACGUCGUGGAGAUCUUCGAGUUCGUGCUCACGGGGAUUUUCACGCUCGAGUGCGUCCUGAAACUCGUCGCGCUCGGGGUCAAGGGCAAGGGCUCGUACUGGAAGGACUCGUGGAAUGUCGUCGACUUCUUCAUGCUCUUCGCAAGUUUUGUCGCGGAGAUUCCAGGCAUGCCCAACAUCUCCGAGUUCCGCGCCGUUCGAGUGCUGCGGCCACUGCGGUCCCUGUCGGCCUUCCCAGGCAUGCGGCGCCUCAUCACCGCUCUGCUCAACGCCAUCCCGGCCCUGCAGAGCGUCGUGGCGCUGCAGAUGUUCGCGUUCCUCAUCUUUGGCAUCCUCGGCAUCCAGCUAUUCGGCGGCCGCAUGGGCCACGUGUGUCGCUUGACGGAGUUCCCGGUGCGGAUGCCAGCGACUGCGGCCAACUCGUGGCCGGUCUCGGACGCGUAUCUGGAGCGAGUGAUCGCUAACGCGUCCGCUUUCCGAUGUCUGGAGGCCCCGUUGCUCGACUUCAGCGACGCCACCUUCGACUACGGCAAAGACACUUCGCCCUGGAGGACGCCGCAAGACUGCUUCUGGCCGCUUGACUACAGUGUCCGGCAGCUAUGCGCAGAGCCCUCACACCCGGGAGGUUACCGAUGCCGUGCCGGAAGCACGUGUGGCUCCAACUACGACGCGUUCGGGAAUCCCCGAUUCCGACACAGCAAGGCCAUGCAGGAGGCCCUGCACACGGCCAAGCUCAACUGGGGCUUCACCACCUACGACCACAUCGGCCGCGCGCUGCUCACCAUCUUCCAGUCCGUCACGGAGGAAGGCUGGACGCUCAUCAUGUACAUGACGAUGGACGCGUCGCACCCGGUGGUCGGUGCGUGCUUCGCCAUCGCUCUCAUUAUCUUCGCGUCAUAUUUCGUCAUGAACUUGACGAUCGCCGUCAUCAGCGAGGAGUUCAAAAUGGCUUUGAAGAUCGUUGGGCUGGGAUGGAAGGGGUACAUUCGUGACAAGUUCAACGCCUUCGAUGCUGUCAUUGUCGGUUCCGAUAUACUCGAGGCCGCCAUGGAGCCGCCGUCGUUCCUUGUGUCAACGCACAGUGCCUUGGAGAGUACGCACUCGAAGAAGGUUGACUACAACUGCAAGGUUCCUCGCAGCAACUUCGAUACGUUGCCAUGGGCAAUAGCGACGGUAUUCCAGGUCAUCACGGGCGAUAACUGGAGCGCUGUUCUGUACGAUGCUAUCCGAGGCAACGGCAUGUUUGCCUCCGUCUACUUUACCAUACUGCAGGUAAUGUUGGGCGACUUUGUCUUAAUGAAUCUCUUCCUAGCGUUACUGCUGGACAAUUUCGCCGCUACGAGCGAGAGUAGCACAUCGGAAACCCAGGCGAAAAGACCGAGCACGCUCAUCAAGCGGCGAUCCAAGAUCUCCCCCAUCGAAGCAAACAAGCAGCGAAUCAUACGUCGGAUGGUGGUGGCUCGAACAGGUUCGUCCGAUCUUCACUGGCAAACCCCACGAGAGGGCAGACACAACUCCGCGCGCUCUGCAUCAGCAUUGCAGCCACACGACUCAGCUACGCAGAUCAAUAGCUUUGCAUCCAACCGGACACUGAUCGGCCACGGUCUGCAGCACUUUGAUACCGGUUCAAUCCUGCUGCUUGCCAACAUUUCGGACACUAACAGCGUCCUCCAGACGCUUCUACCUCUGCGAGAUCUGCGAGCGCUUCGGCCACUGCGAAUGAUCAGUCGACGGCCGGGCCUGAAGCUGGUUGUGAGCGCGCUGAUCGAGUCCAUUCCUGCAGUGUUGAACGUGGUGUUUCUCUCCAUGGCUCUGUUCCUAUUGUUUAGUAUUGCAGCAGUGCAUUUUCUCAAGGGGAGGUUCCGAGCGUGCACUGGGGACGUUCUUGACUCGCUACCGACAGACCAGAAGGAAUUUCUGGUCUCGCCCGCGCCUUGGGACGCGCUGUCGGACGUCCAGCGCAGCUGGUUCAGCGGCUCCGUGUGCGAAGGCUUCCCGACCGAAGAGCUCACGUCGCAGUACGUGUGCGAGUGCUGGGGGGCGACGUGGAAGCCCGUGCUGUCCAAGAACUUCGACAACUUGGGGUCGGCCAUGCUGACGUUCUUCAUCCUGUCGACCUCCGAGAACUGGUCGGAGAUCAUGAAGGCCGCGUGCGACGCCACGCGCCCCGGCAUGCAGCCAAUUGUCAACAAUAAUGAGCUGUGGAUCGUCUUCUUCAUCGUGUUCAUGGUCGUGGGCAGCUUCUUCGUCAUGAACGUCUUCGUGGGGGUCAUCAUCGAAAACUUCAACACGAUGAAGGCCAAGCUGGGCGGGGACUUCCUGCUCACGCCCGAGCAGAAGAAGUGGAUGGAGGCGCAGAAGUCGGCCACGCGCAUCGGCCCCAUCCGCAUGGUCAAUGCGCCGACACAAGUGCUUCGUCGUGUCUGCUUCAGCAUAGUGAGAACGCGAUUCUUUGAAGGCUUCGUCAUGAGCUGCAUACUCGUGAACACGCUGCUCAUGGCGAGCCAGCACUUUGGUGAAUCCCCGCAGCAGCUAAGCGCGACGUACUUCGUGAGUGAGUUGAGCACGGGGAUAUUAGCGAUCGAGGCCGCGAUGAAGAUUUUGGGGUACGGCCGAGCGUACUUUGAGGACAACUGGAACCGGUUCGACUUUCUCAUCGCGAUCGGCACUGUGUUUGGCACCAUCGCGCAGACCUUGGCUUCGAGUUCUCUAUGGACACUUACGAUGAUGGUGCGGCUCAUCCGCGUGGCGCGCAUCUUCUGCCUCGUCGAGUCUUCAAACAGCAUCCGAGCGAUCCUGUCGACGGUGUACAUCUCGCUACCUGGGCUCAGCAACAUCACGUCCAUUCUGUUCCUGAUUCUUUUCGUGUACUCCACUAUGGGUGUGCAUUUGUUCGCCAAGGUGGCGUUAACCAGCGAUAUCGACCGCCAUGCUAACUUCCAGAGCUUCGGCGUGGGCUUUCUCUUCCUCUUACGCGCCGCAACGGGCGAGUCGUGGGACCAUUGUAUGUACGACUUGGCCUCGAGCACUCUACGGUGUGUGAGUGACCCACAGUACGACCCGGGCAUGUGUGGGUUCAACAACUCGGAGGACUGUACCCCGUUAAAUGGUUGCGGGAAUCCGGUCGCGUACUUUUUCUUCUGCUCGUUCACGCUGAUCGUGUCGUACGUGAUGCUGAAUCUGACGGUGGCGGUGGUGCUGGAAGGGUUCGCCUCCUCCCAGCAAGAAGACGACGAUGACGACGCCAUAUUCGUGCCGGAGUUGCUGGAGGAGUUCCAAUAA